UUUCGCUAUUUGUGUAUACAUUAUAUAUUUUUAUCAUCUAAAGCAUGAUGGGAAGGAAUUACAGAAACUUCUUAAAAUAAAUCGUUUGUAAAACAAAGAGCAGAGUUGAGUAGGAGUGUGUAUUUUAUCAAGAUGGUGAAUAUUUUGCUUGAGCUAUCCGUAGCCAUUUUCCACAUCGUUCUUUUAAUCCUCAUUUUUAUCUAUAAGCUUGCUACCAAAAAUCAUGAUUACUGGAAGGACAGAGGCAUUCCAUAUGUCAAACCAUUGCCUUUUUUUGGAUCCACUUUAGAAAAUUUGAAGAAACCUCUUUAUCAAGUUCAGAUAGAAAGGUACCGUCAGCUGGGACCCAUUCAUGGAUUCUUUGAAGCCAACACGCCCAUCCUCACCAUUGGGGUUCCUACUCUUUUAAGAGACAUCAUGGUCAAGGAUUUCCCGUCUUUUACAUCCCGAAGAAAAGUUGUGACUGGCGAUAAAGUGGUCGACAAGAUGUUGUCCAUCGUCCAAGGAGAUGACUGGAAAAGAAUUCGAAGUAUCAUCACGCCCACCUUUACAACGGGGAAGCUAAAGAGGAUGUUGAGCAUUUUCAAGGAUUGCUCCGAAACUUUAGUGAAAAAUUUCAAGGCCGCUGCAGAAGAAGGAAAACCUGUCGAUGCGAAAAGAGUAUAUGGAGCUUUCACCAUGGACGUGAUCGCCAGCGCAGCCUUCUCCACUAAAAUUGACUCCCACAACGACCCGGAUAACAAAUUUGUGAAAUCUGCCAGAGCAGUGUUCGGCGGAAGGCCUGGAAUGUUAUUUGUUCUAUUUACGCUGUUCCCCAAAAUGGUGAAACUGUUUCGAUUGUUCCGUCCCUCAGCCGCCAGACCCACGGAUUUUUUCAGAGACAUCACUCUCCAAAUUGUUGAGCAGAGGAGGAAGACUGGUCAGGCGAGGAACGACUUUCUUCAACUUCUGCUGGACACGGCGAAGGAGGUGUCGGAAGAAGAAAAGUGGGACGAGGACAAAGGAGACAUCGACUCUAACUAUGCAGAACAAAAUGCUGGACAGCAGAUGUUUAAGACAGUCUCUUCUAAAAAACUUUCGAUGGACGAACUGGUAUCCCAGUGCGUCAUUUUUUUCUUGGCCGGCUAUGAAACGACGGCUUCCACUCUGUCCUUUGCAAGCUACCUGCUGGCUCUGAAUCCAGAUGUGCAAGACAAACUUAGAGAAGAAGUAGACAAAGCCAUUGCAGAAACGAAUGGAGAAUUGACUUAUGAAACAGUACAGAAUAUGAAGUAUCUGGACAAUGUUAUAUCUGAAACUUUACGAUUAUUUCCGCCUGCAGUGAGGCUAGAGCGUUAUGCUGAUGCCGACUACAAACUGCCGGGAUUAGGCCUCAAAGUACCAAAGCAAAUGUGCAUUAACAUUCCUGUGUACGCCAUGCACAGAGAUCCAAAGUAUUUCCCGGAUCCCGAGCGAUUUGAUCCGGACAGAUUCACAGCUGAGGAAAAAGCCAAGCGAGACCCUUUCACCUAUUUGCCCUUUGGAGCUGGCCCCAGGAACUGCAUUGGAAUGAGAUUCGCUCUCCUGGAGAUCAAGGUCUGCCUUUCGUACAUCCUCUCAAACUUCAAGAUCAAGAGAUCUCCAAGAACGAAGGAUAAAUUGGAGUUCCAGUUAGGAGUAACAGGAUUGUUGAUGCCAAAGGAAAUACUCGUUGAGAUGGAAGUCAGACCGGUCUCUCGUUUGGUCAACUGAUGAAAUCCAAAGUUCACCAAAGCUAGAAUACAUCGCUUUGCAGACUUCUACUUUGCUCAAAUUGAAUUCUGUGAUUUUUGUACAUUUUAUUCACUUUUUGAUAGAUUUUAUUAAAAAAAGCGCAUAUCGAA